CCUACAAUCCCCAUAUUUCUAACAGAAUCAGCUCAGAAUUUAAGCGAGAGGGUUCUGCGUGGCAUGUUGGCAACUGAUUGGAGGUGGGAGGAGGCUUGGGUUGCUCAAAUGAGACCAUACAUUGAUAACAUUGAAAAACAGAUGAUCGAUCAUGAUGGCUAUUCCUCGCUGGUACUCAAAAGCUUUGAUCCGUAAACAAAGUGAGACGUUCUGGCAUGGAUGUAGGCACGAUGAUGUAGGUGGGGUGACAGGCUGUUUGGCUGACUAAGCCCUGCCAAGUAUAUAUGUAAACAACACUUUCCCUCUUCCCCUCGAUUUCCAUCACAACACCCCACCACCAUCAAAAUGUACUCACAAGACGAAACCAUCUCCGCAAUCCUCAAACUCUACCAACAAAUCAUCCUGCACCCUUACCUGCCCUCAACCACCCUCAUCACCCCACCCCCUACCGGCUGGCCCACCAUCUCAGAACCCACCCCCUCCAAAAACGCAACUGUCAUCUCUCUACUCCGCCACCUCCCGUACCUGCAAUCGGAGAGCAUCUCGGAAAGAAUUCUCAUCAAUUAUGAAACCCUAGCCAUCAACUACUCCUCCUCAUCCCAAGGUCAACGCACCGGCGGCUCCUUCGCAGAAGACAUCUACCCCCUCCCAGACCACUGCGUCUACCUCAGCCGGUCCAUUGACCGCGAAGGCAUCGCCUUGAUCCUCGAUACCAACGAGGGGAUCAUCACUCACAUGAGUUCAGGAUCGCAACUCCAAGUGCCGUAUGAAGAGUAUGACGCUGUUCCGUUUGAGGAGCAGUGGAAGAUGUAUGAGAAGGUUCCUGUGAAGGAGUUCUUUGACGCCUGGACGGAGAGAUUUAAGAAGCUCGUGUGGAUGUUGGUGCCUAAUCCGAGUGGGGAGCCGACUGGGGGGAGGUUUGUCAGUCGUGCGGUUUUUGCGGCGGAGGAGGAGGAGCUUUUGAGGAGUGAAGGUUUCAGCACGUGGGAGUAUCGGCCGCGAGAGGGAGAAGAUGAGGUGGAUGUUGAGCAGAGGAAGCAUGCAGCGCAUGUUUACAACACGUAUCUGAACUACGGUUGGCCAGAUCGUUUCGACAAGGAGGCAUGCCGAGCGGCAUUGUUGGAUCAAGAGAGCAAGAAAAAUGCAGAAGAUAGGCAGAAAAUGGACGAAAUGUUUCCUGACCCUCCGGGAAUGUUUGAUUCGGAUUGAGAUCGAACGGGAUUGCGGCAGAGUCGAUCU